AUGAGUUGGGAGGGGGCGGCGAAGUGGGUUGUUGGGAUCAACGUUGGGAGGGGGCGGCGAAGUGGGUUGUUGGGAUCAACGGUAAAAAGGAUGAUGUUCGUUCAUGCAAGACUUAUGAAAUUUGAUAGAGUUCUUCUCAUCGGCCGGUAUCGUCGACGUCACGAAAAAUACGACACGAAAAAGAGGUGCAACACGAGGACUUCCCAGGAGGUCACCCAUCCUAGUACUACUCUCGCCCAAGCACGCUUAACUGCGGAGUUCGAUGGGAUCCGGUGCAUUAGUGCUUGGUAUGAUCGCACCUGCCAAGUGUUGCGCGAUCAAUGGUUAUAUGGAUUCGACGAGCACACUCGACUAACUUGUGAUGCGUGA